AUGGUGCUUGGACUUCUUAAAACCUCUAAGACAAUUGAAGAGGUAGAAGAUGUUGCCAUUCGAUAUAUGAAAGUUUUAUGGUCAAGGGGUUUCUUAGAGGAUUUCAGGGAUAUUUAUUUUCAUUGGGAAUUUAAAGUGCAUGAUCUUGCAACAUCAAUGGCAAAAGAUGAGUCUGCAUUCACAAAUUUCGGAAGCCAAAAUGUUGAUGGGAAAUUCCAGCAUUUUUCACAUGCAGCAAAGAAAUAUGGAGAUGAAUCUAUUGUUGGGUCAUUUAUUGGAAAAGAUAUAUCCAAAUUCAAAUACCUCCAACUUCUACACUUGUGUGAUAUACUUUUUGAAGUGUUGCCAGAUUCUAUCGGUACAUUGAGACAUUUGAGGCUUAAGAAGUUGCCUAAUAACAUGCGAAAGAUGAUUUGCCUUAGGCACUUGGAAAUAACCACACAAGAGGAGGUUCUUCCGGAAAAUGGAAUUGGAUGUUUGAGUUCCCUUCAAUAUUUGUGCUUUUUUGCAUGCUCCAAUCUAGUAAGUUUGUGUGAAGGGAUGCAUGGUCUUAAAAGUCUCCGAAUGUUGCAUCUACGAAACACUUCUGUGAGAUCAUUACCAGAUACCAUCAAAUACCUAACAAAAUUAGAGAUCUUAUUGAUUUCGUAUUCCUCCAAGAUUAAUUUGAAGAUGGAUUUGCAAGCAGAAGAUCGUGGGCUGAGGCUGAGUCUUAAAACAUUCAUUAUUUAUUAUUUAGAAUCACUGGUGGAUUUGCCCCAACUUCUUCUUCAAACAUUUGCUAACACUCUAAAGACCAUGCAGAUUGGAUACUGUAAAAACUUAGAAGCAUUGCCGGAGUGGUUCCAAUAUCUCACAUCACUUGAGACACUUGAUAUUACAAAUUGCUCCAGAUUGUUAUCUCUUCCACAAGGGAUGGAACGCCUUACUUCCCUCAAGCUAUUGAAGAUUGAAAACUGUCCUCCUCUAGUUGAAAGCUGCAGAAACGAUGAGUCAAAGAUUGCUCAUAUUCCAUAG